UCUUUGACACAGUAUGCUAAUCAUCCAGUCAAAACAUGGCCGACGAGAACUUGUCUUUCUUCACGGCGAAAGAUUGUCAACAAUUUUAACAUUUGUUCCUGCUUUCUUCUCUAUUAUUUUUGUAUAUUUAUAAAUCAUAAUGGCCUCGAAAUUAGUAUGUGCUCUUUACUUUGUGAUAUUAGUUGAUGUCAGUGUGUUUAAAUCGAAUGCAAGUUUGCACCAUGUACUGAAGUACUGGGAGACACUACACAAAGAUGAUGUCAAACACCACAUAGUGAGACGAAGUGUAGAAGAUGGCGAAAAUCAGGAGAGAAAAGUGUCAUUGUCGAUGAUGGGUCGGCAAUUUGAUAUCCGUCUUGCCCAGCAGACCAACUUGUUCUCGCAGGAUUUCAAGGCGUUUGUGGUCGAUGGACAGGGAAAUAAGCGAGAACAUCCCGUCGACACCGAGAAUUUUUACACCGGAUUUCUGGCAGAUGAACCACAAACAGUAGUGAAAGCUCAUGUGGACAAUGGAUUGCUCACUGCUAAAAUCUAUGCACCAAAGGACCACUACAAUAUAGAGCCGUCUUGGAGGCACAUCCGAGAGCCACAUGACUAUCACAUGAUCGCCUACCGCAGCUCAGAUGUGAAACGCAACAAAACGUCGUCUUUUUGUCCGUACGAUCACCACUUGCCAAAAGGCGUCCAAUAUGAAAAGACGGCAGAACAGCUCCAGACCCAUCCAAAAACCAGCCCGUAUACGUCAAGUCGCACGAAGAGGGCGCCCCCACGCUACAACACCUGUCCACUGCUGCUGACCGCAGACUACCACUUCCAUGAGGUGAUGGGACAGAGCAACACGCCCCAGACGAUCAGUUACUUGUUGAGUCUGAUUGACCGAGUGGACCCUAUCUAUCGUAUGACGGAAUGGGAGCCAGGCUUUUACGGCUUUGGAUUUGAAGUCAAAGAGAUUAUUGUCCAUGAUGCGCCAACUGAGGGUAAUACUGAAAACUAUAACGGCUACAGACCCCCUGGACAGGCAUGGGAUGUACAAAAACUAUUGGAGGCCUACAGCCGUGAGGACCAUGGGGAAUACUGCCUAGCGCACCUCUUCACAUACCAGGACUUUGAGAGCGGAGUGCUCGGUCUGGCCUACAUUGGCACCCCAAGGAGCAAUGCUGUCGGUGGCAUAUGCACUUCAGUUUACCACACGGACGGCAGGCAGUUCCUGAACACUGGGCUUACGACGACGGUCAACUGGGGCCGCAACGUUCUGACCGACGAGGCUGAUCUAGUAACGGCACACGAGUUGGGCCACAAUUUUGGCAGCGAGCACGACCCGGGCACGGAAGGGGACAUCUGCUCGCCUGGUAACCGGCAUAGCGGUGGUAAUUACUUGAUGUUCCCGGCCUCUGUCAGUGGCCGAGACCCAAACAACAGGAAAUUCUCCAACUGCAGUCUGCGCCUCAUCGCUCCCGUGCUCCGCUCCAAGUCCGCAAGAUGCUUCCAAGAACCGAAAGGUGACGCAGUCUGCGGGAACUACCGCGUAGACCCUAACGAGGAAUGCGACGUGGGCCACCUCGGCACCAACAACAUGGACCAGUGCUGCGGCUCCAACUGCCGCCUGAAGACCGGCGCUCACUGCAGCGACAAAAACUCGGCCUGCUGUCUGAACUGCCAGUAUGCCGGGGCCCACGUGGAGUGUCGCAAGGCCGCUAAGAUCGACAAGAAUUGCGAGCAGAGCGCUAACUGUUCGGGUUUCAGCAAGGACUGCCCGGUGUCGCAACCCAAGCCGGACAAGUCGGCAUGCGUGGACGGCGGCGAAUGUCGGAGCGGCCAGUGCAUACCGUUCUGCGAGAAACACAACCAGAUAUCCUGCAUAUGUCCCGGCAUCGUGGAAUCCUGCUAUCGCUGUUGUCAGAAGACCCCUUCAGCGCAGUGUCUACCGCAGAACAACAAGACCACUGGUGCUAAGAUCUUACAAGCGGACGGCCGACCCUGCUCAGAAGGAGUCUGCAUCAAAGGUGUCUGUGAGAGCCAGACUCAGGAUUUCAUCGAGCGACUCUUCGACGUCUUCGAAGGCAUCACCAUCAGUAAAAUAGGGCGGAUCAUCAAGGAUAACGUUGUCGCGGCAACCAUCAUCAUCUCGCUCUUCAUUUGGAUUCCCUGCAGCUGCUUUGUGCAUUACCUCGAUGGCAAGAGGGCAGCCGAUGUGAAGACAGCAGACGAAUGGUUCAGCCCAACGAAUCAGGACCGAUAUCUUCCAGAGGACCGCUCCCGCGUUUACAGUGCACUCUAUGAAAGCUUUGACGAAAAAGCUGAUACCGAACAUUUGCUCCACUGGUGGGACUCGCAAGGACCAGAGGGCGAGGAGGCUGAGGCAUCCCUUUAAUAUCUGGUCGCCUUGGCAACCGUGUCAAGAGGUCAUCGCCAUAGCAACAGAGUGAUGGUUGUUGAAAAAUGUGAUCCCCAACCAAACAAAUUACACAUACCUGGUACAUGUAUUUUUGUUUUGGAAACUAUAUACGGAAAAGGCAUUGACUCCUGAAAAAAGUCAUUAUGAUAUAAGUACAAAUUAAUUUUCACUAUAAAUCAAACAAAUGUAUACAUUUUGAACAAUUAAAGUGCUCAUGCAAUGUAUUGUUUUAAAAUGCAGUUUUUCAAAAUGCACCUUUGUGUCCAAUGUAACCUCAUUUUCAAUUUUGGUUUCGCCAUUUUCAAGGGUAUUUGGGGCUUUUUUUGGAUUUUAUGCUAAUACAAAUUAUCAUAUUCAUGACAAAAGUGUGAUGUCAUUUCAGGCAGAAACCC